UCCGGAAGCUCUAAAGUCUGGGAGACUUCUGACAGUCUGAAAUUCUAUCAUUCCAGACUUGAAGCCAAUGAGUUAAGGAGCCCAGAGAGGUUGGUGCAAAUGGAUUUUAAUAUAGCACAUCUUGUUUUUAUCUUGAUAUCAGUCGGGCAUGUGCAUUCUUCUGAACAUGAGACUCGUCUCAUUACAAACCUGUUCAAAGAUUACAACAAAGUUGUUCGGCCAGUUCAACGAUUCAAAGAUAAAGUUGAAGUGACAGUAGGACUCCAGCUUAUCCAACUCAUAAACGUGGAUGAAGUCAAUCAAAUUGUAACAACAAAUGUUCGUCUAAAGCAGCAAUGGGUGGAUAUAAACCUCAAGUGGAACCCAACAGAAUAUGGUGGAAUACAGAAAAUCCGCAUAUCUUCUGGCGAUAUCUGGCACCCUGAUCUUGUUCUUUAUAAUAAUGCAAACGGUGACUUUGCAAUUGUCAAGGAUACAAAAGUACUUCUUGAAUAUACAGGAAAGGUCACAUGGACACCUCCAGCCAUUUUUAAAAGCUACUGUGAAAUUAUUGUCACAUACUUUCCAUUUGACGUGCAGAACUGCAGCAUGAAACUGGGGACUUGGACCUAUGAUGGCACACUAGUAGCUAUAAACCCGGAGAGUGAUCGUCCAGAUCUGAGCAGCUUUAUGGAGAGUGGAGAAUGGCUGAUGAAGGACAACCGCUGUUGGAAGCAUUGGGUUUAUUACGCCUGCUGUCCUGACACCCCAUAUCUGGAUAUCACAUAUCACUUCCUUAUGCAGCGACUUCCUCUUUACUUUAUUGUAAACGUUAUUAUUCCAUGUCUUCUCUUCUCUUUUCUUACUGGUUUAGUGUUUUAUCUUCCCACUGAUUCGGGUGAAAAGAUGACACUGAGCAUUUCUGUCUUGCUGUCACUGACUGUGUUUCUACUGGUUAUUGUUGAAUUGAUCCCUUCCACUUCAAGUGCUGUGCCUUUGAUCGGCAAAUACAUGUUGUUUACCAUGGUCUUUGUCAUAACAUCUAUUAUAAUCACAGUAAUUGUAAUCAACACUCAUCACCGCUCCCCCAGUACUCACAUUAUGCCUGAGUGGGUACGAAAGAUUUUUAUUGACACCAUCCCAAAAAUGAUGUUCUUCUCUACAAUGAAACGUCCCUCACAAGAAAAACAAGGAAAGAAGAUAUUUACAGAAGAUAUUGACAUUUCAGACAUCUCAGGAAAAUUAGGACCUGCUGCAGUGACUUAUCAGUCUCCAGUUUUAAAGAAUCCUGAUGUGAAAAGUGCUAUAGAAGGUGUUAAAUAUAUUGCAGAGACUAUGAAAGCGGACCAGGAAUCCAAUAAGGCUGCAGAAGAGUGGAAGUUUGUCGCAAUGGUUUUGGAUCACAUUCUCCUGGCAGUCUUCAUGUUUGUUUGUAUCAUUGGGACAACUGUUGUUUUUGCAGGUCGUCUUAUUGAGCUUAAUAUGCAGGGCUGAUUUCAAUUCUAUUUUCUAACAUGCAGAGGUUUUCUAACUUAAAUGAAUAGUUUAUAUCCUCAUUCAGACAAGAGAAACUGACAUCCAUUUUAUCAUUUUAUACCAGCUGCAUAUUUGAUAUGGGCGCUUCACAGAGUUGUUUUUAAUAACUUAUAUUAAAGUGGAAUUCUGGCUGGAAAGUAGAAUAAGACUAUGCUGCUUGUUAUCACAGGUGCAACUAGACAUUGGGGCUUGUAGUAGUCACUUUUACAUCUACUAAUAUAUAAGGAUUGCCGUGAGAUUACAUUUAUAAAGGUAUUUAUGGAGUAAGCUGCCAGUGAUACCAGGGGCGGAACUACCAUUGGUGCAGCAGGUGCAGUGGCACCAUGGCCUAAGUGCUUGUGGAGCCCAUAGCAGCCAGUCUAUAUAAAGUCAUGUGCAGAAUAUGCAGUCCUAAGGCAGGGGAGCCUUUUAUUAUUGCAGGUUUCAGGUUCCUCUAUCCUCAAAAUCAUUAUAUAGCGCAGCAUGUAUAUUAUUACUGUUGCUUACUACUGAGUUACCUUUGGCGGGCCUAAACAUUUUUUUGCACCAGGGCCCUUAUUUAAGUAGAUCCGCUACUGUGUGAUACAAUAUUAUAUCAUGCAUAUAGCACAGUGAUUGUUGCUUAGGAAUUUAGGUACAUGGAUUGGAAAUCAGAAAAUGAAAAUUCUUCUCUGUUCUACAUCUCCUUGUAACUGCUACAAUUAUAGUGUUUGCGGAAGAGACAGGAGUCUGUGUUACAGGUAAUAAAGGUGGUGAUUAUUUUUUUAUUUUUUUAAAUGAUGUAUGGUUUCCAGAACUAAUUCUUUAAAUGUUUGAAUUUGUACUGAAUUUUUCAUGUAAUGUUACAGCCCAUAAAUAAAGAGUUAAAUUAAAAAAUAAAUUAAAAAAAUGAUGUAUGGUUUGUAUGUAUAUCAGUGUGGAAUUCCAUUAGUAGUCAGUAGAUUUAUUAUUUGUUCAACCCUUUAAAAUAUCAUAUAAGUCCAAAAGUUAAGAAACAAUAAAUAAAAUAUGUUUUAGAAAGGUAUUGCAUCUUGAAUAAAGUUCAGCGAUAUGUCAUCUUGA